UCAUGCCAUCGGAGGCAGCUCAGGAGGUCGUGCGAGUUAACUUGGCAGGUAACCGGAAGGUUGCUGGUUCGAUCUCCGGCUCCUCCUAUCUGAGUGUCGAGGUGUCCCUGAGCAAAAUACCUCACCCUAACAGCUCCCGACGAGCUGGCUAUGAAUGUUAGGUCAAAUUUGCAAGGUCUUUGAGUGGCCACGGGUAAGAAAAGUACUGUAUAUAAAUUAAACAUAUUAUAUAUUAGGUUUAUUUACUAUUGCCGCCGGGGUGCUGCUUCGCUUCAACCAAGAUUGUCCUGCCUCCCAUUCCGUAGUUUUCCUUUUGAUCCCGGAAGAGUUAUUGUUUAUAGAAAUGCAGGCAGAUUUGAGGCAAAUGGUCUUCUCUUUUCAUCGUCGAACGAUAUAUCUCCGUCAUAUUCACCUUUCCCCGUGGUCUAAAAUGUUUUAAUUAUUUAUUUCUUCGUUCUGACAUCUUCGCUUUCUAACAUCGCCGAGGCGCACAAUCUAAUGUAAUAACUCGAUUAGCUUAGCAACUUAGCUACAGGGGUUGUGGUGGCUCGGUAACACACCGAUGAACGGGUCCUUUCUGGACGGGAAGUGCAUCUAAAUCCAGCUAGAAAGUAAGUCAUUUGAAAUCCGUGAACCCCCAGCAACCCUUCUUUGUCUCAAACUGAAAGCUAUUGAGUGUUUCGUGUAAAAACCGGGCUAAACUCGGGCAUCCAAAACUACAAAGAACUACAAACCACAAAGAACUACAAAGAUGUCCGAGGCGAUCGUCACGUUCCAGUCCCAGCUCUCGGGCGUGAUGGAGACGGUCUUCAAGGCUGCCAUGUACGAGAUCACCCGUCUGGUGGAGGACAGCUUCCUGGAGGAGGUGACCCGCAGCCGGGAGCAGGUGGAGUCCCUGAAGCGGCGGCUGAAGUGGUCCGAGGGGCGGCGGAAAGAGAGGGACCGGGACGGGGGUCGGUGUGUGGACUGCGGGCGAGUGGGGGAGUCCAGCGACGCCGAUGGAGGUGAGGCCAGAUCCUCCUCAGCCGUUAAGACAGAAAAAAGUCAGAAAUUGGACAAAGCGUCGAAAGAGGAGAUUCAUGGUUGCCGUGCCAACGGGGAAGAGAGAUCCAUGCAGAGAUCCAAGCACGACAAAUCAGACACCAGUGUAUCACCAAAGUCCACAAACACCAGCAGAGAACAUCUGGAUCGCAUGCCCAAAGAAGAAGCCCUCUGCAUCACUCCCACCCCGGACACCAGCGAGCUCACAGAGAGAUGGGGAAUCAACUUAAAUGGCACCGAGGGGGCCGCCUUUACAAGUCCCUCUAAAAACAUCAGUGACACAGCCAUCCAACGCUGCCAGAAGGACUGGGAGCCUGGCCUGAACCAGAGGCAGGAACAAAGUCCCGACACCCACUCGCCGGGCCCGGCCGGACCCCUUUACCAGAACACCUAUGGCAUGGAAGACCUCGGCGGCUUUGAAAGGACCGAGUGUGCCAGUGGCAAUGUGCUAGACAUCGGUGGCAUGGACGGCUCCACCGAGUCCCCGCCCAGCCGCGUAGGUGAGGACCUGAGUUACAUCGGCCAUUAUGAGGACGACAUGGGGGCCUUCGAGAGGACGGAGCCUCAUCAGUCCUACCCACUCAGCCACCCUCAGAGUAGUAGUAGCAGAAGAGGUGCGAUGUGCUCACCCACCGAGUCCCCCUCAGGGGCCAACAUAGAGGUGAGCGGAGGGUUCAGUUGUCUGCUGAUUAACGAAGAGGGCUACCUUCAGGACCAGAGUGCCCUUUACCCAGAGCACACGCCCGGUGCUUCAGGCAGUCGACUGGGCUUCCGGGGGCAAGACGCACAACACAACGGCGAAUCGUCGUUGCAGCAGGGCCGUGCAGAGGAUCUUUACGGGCCCUCUGAGUCCUUCAUCCAAAGUCUAAAUAUGGGAGAGAGGGUGCAAGUUCAGGUGGGAGGACGGGGAGGGAGGAAGCACAAUUGUAAUCAGUGCUCCAUGUCCUUCCCCGACUCCUCUUCUCUGAAGGCCCAUAAGCAGCAGACGCACAGCGUGGGCCAACGACCCCCGUACUCAUGCAAUCAGUGUGGAAAGACCUUCACCCAAGCCCAUAGCUUUAAAGUCCACCAGAGGAUCCACUCUGAGCAAGGGCUGCACCUCUGUAACCACUGUGGCAAGGGCUUCCCCGGCAUCGCUGACCUGAAGUCACACAAGUGCAACCAAACGGGUGACAAGCCAUAUUGUUGUACUGUAUGCGGGAACAAGUUUAGCCGCCUGUGGAAUCUCAAGUUGCACAGACGCAUUCACACGCAGGAGAAACCUCACCGGUGUAGCAUGUGCGAUAAGAGCUUCACGCGGGCAGACAUUUUGAAGGUCCACCAACGUACCCACACGGGGGAGAGACCGUAUUGCUGCGCUCUGUGUGGCCUCAGCUUCAAACGCCUGGACCACCUCAAGUCGCAUCAGCGCAAACACAAGUCCGAUCUUUGAGAUUGUGUGUGUUUAAACGAGUGUCCUUGUAUUCACUUUUAUUGAUGUUAGUAUUUUGGUAUGUUGCUAUUUUAUUUUUUCAAUUGUGAUUGCAUUAUAUUAUUUAGAGCUAGUGAGAUGUCAUUUUUGCUUCCAUGAUGCCACAUUUUCAAUUGGAUAUUGUAUUUUGAGUAAUUGGAGGAUCAACAAACAGUGUAUUCAAUGUUAUGUGUGGCUGGAUUGAGCUGUACAGCAUCAGAGAUAAUUUGUGUCACAAUCAAAAGACUUGUGUUUGCAUUAUAGGAAAUGAAGAUUUCAUGGUCUAAAGUCCAUUCCAGUUUAUUGCUGUCAUUAAGGUUCAUUAUAUUCUUCUGUAAGCGUUUUUUUAUUUGUUUGUAUAAUACCAUUUAUUUUGGUGGCGAAAUAUUCAGAAUAUCUGUAAUGUGUUUUUAUAUUUGGAUAUGUUUGAUUUGUACUCUUUACCAUGGCUACAUUUAUGCUUGUUACUACAUACUGUGUAUUGCUGUUCAUUUAAACAUUUUAAUAAAAUUCUGAAUACGGUAAUUACAUCACUAAUUGUACUACAUUGAAGCUGAAGCUGGGUUGAAACACACAUUGUCCUGCUUUGACAUUGGACAGCCAGUAUGAUAUUUUUUUAAAUGUGCAAAGUAAUAGAUGAUUUAGGGGUAUAGCCCCAGAGAAAUUAGCUUUGGUCGACGAACAAGAAAAUAACAUAAUACGCUUUAAUUGAAAACGACGUUGCAGUAAUGCA